AUGCCCGACAUAAGGGCAGACAGGUUAAGUUUAGUUAGUGCAAUAUCGUUCGAGUCGAGGUGCGGGGCGCAGAUGUUCGCGCACACCGGACAGUACCACGGUGUCGUCGUGCGCAUCAAAGAACUCAAGUUCUCGCGGAAAAAGGACAUCUCGCGGGACGUGAUGAAGGAGAUGCGGAUGCUGCGCGACGUGCGCCACACCAACAUCAACUCGUUCAUCGGGGCCGUCGUCGAGCCCAUGAGGGUGCUCCUCGUUACCGAUUACUGUGCCAAAGGAAGUCUCUACGACAUCAUCGAAAACGAAGACAUAAAGCUGGACGACAUGUUCAUCUCAUCCUUACUCAAUGAUCUCAUCAAGGGCAUGCUGUACAUUCACGAGUCGACCCAGCUCCAGUACCACGGCAAUCUCAAGUCGUCGAAUUGCGUGGUAACGUCGCGCUGGGUGCUUCAGGUCUCCGACUUUGGGCUCCUCGACAUGCGCCAGAGCGCCGAAUCCGACAGCAUCGGCGAACACGAGUAUUACCGAAAUUUGUUUUGGAAGGCGCCGGAACUGCUGAGGGAACCGAGCAAUUUGGUGAAGGGACACCAGCUGGCCGACAUAUACGCGUUUGGUAUCAUACUGUUUGAAAUGCUGGGCAGAAAGGGGCCCUACGGUGGCUACCAUUUGGAGCCCAAAGAAAUCAUAGAGCGAGUGAAAAGGCUGCCGGAGGAGAACGAGGCGCCGUUCAGGCCAAAGAUCGACCUGCUCUGCGAUUCGGAGAUGGAGUGCGCGGACUACCUCGUCAACAUAAUAACCGACUGCUGGGCCGAGGCGCCGGAGCUCAGGCCAGAUUUCAAGAACAUAAGGGAGCGCAUGAAGAAGAUCAACGGGUUCAAGAGCCGCAACAUCAUGGACCAGAUGAUGGACAUGAUGGAGAAGUACGCCAACAAUCUCGAGGACGUAGUUGGCGAGCGGACGCGCUUACUUUACGAGGAGAAGCUCAAGACCGAGGACCUCUAUCAACCACACCCAACCUACCUGUACGACUCGGUGAAGCUGUACGCCAGGGCCCUGGACCUCCUCCUGCGCGAAAACCCAGACCUCAGUGUCAUCGAAAUCGCCAGCAACGGCACCCUCAUCAUCGAAACCAUCAUCAAGAAGCACAUUUAUCAAAGUAAUCACGCACACCCUUUACUCUCUCCCAUAUAUACCCACCAAUGA